CUUUGCUCAAACAUUUGUAAUAUGGGCUUCUGGCUUGGUCCGGGCUUCUAUCUAGUAGUAACUAACCCAGUUCUCAGCUGCCAUCGUUUUCUCUGCUCUCGUUCAUAUUCCGUCCAUGGCGGAUGAGACUUAUUUCUGAAUACCCAAAAUCUAUAUUUCUGAGAUUUUGGUACAGUAUAAACCCUUUAAACAUGAAGAUAAGCUAUAAUGUUAUCACAAAACCCAGCUUUUUGCUUGUACAUCCUGAGUUGCCAGCGGUUAUAUAUCCUAAACCUCACUUAACUUCAAACCCAGUUCUUCGAAUACCUCGUAGACAUGAGAGGUUUAUUGGGUUAGUCACAAAGUUCCAGUCUUCUUCUUAUACUGCUGAUAGAAGGUCUAGGAAUAGGAAUAAUUCUAGGGAUUCAUCUGUUUCAAAGGUAGACGGUAAGCCCAUUGGUUUGGGUAGGAAACAAGGAGGUUCCUCAUCUAUCUAUAGUCGUCCUAGUUUGCUCGAGAUGAAGAAUGAGAGGGUGGAAAACCGAGCCCGGGUUUAUGAGUUCUUGAGAGGACUUGGUGUUGUCCCUGAUGAGCUUGAUGGGUUGGAGCUUCCUGUGACAGUUGAAGUCAUGAGGGAACGUGUGGAUUUUCUUUUUAGCUUGGGGCUUACAGUUGAAGAUAUUAAUAACUAUCCACUUGUUUUAGGCUGCAGUGUGAAGAAGAACAUGAUUCCUGUGCUGGAUUAUCUUGGUAAAUUAGGUGUGAGAAAAUCUACUUUCACUGAUUUCUUGAGAAGAUAUCCUCAAGUACUUCAUGCUAGUGUUGUAAUUGACCUUGCUCCUGUGGUCAAGUAUCUUCAAGGGAUGGAUAUCAAGCCCGGUGAUAUUCCUCGGGUUCUUGAGAGAUAUCCAGAAGUUUUGGGGUUUAAGCUUGAGGGGACUAUGAGCACAUCAGUGGCCUACUUGGUUGGAAUUGGGGUGGCAAGAAGGGAGAUUGGAGGUAUUUUUACUAGGUACCCUGAGAUUUUAGGGAUGCGAGUGGGCCGUGUGAUCAAACCCUUUGUUGAAUAUCUUGAGAGCUUGGGAAUUCCAAGGUUAGCUGUGGCUAGAUUGAUAGAGAAACGACCUCAUAUACUUGGGUUUGAAUUGAAGCACAGGAUCAAACCAAAUGUUGAAUCUCUUUUGGAAUUUCAUGUUCGGGAAGCAUCACUGGCUUCAGUAGUGGCCCAAUAUCCUGAGAUUAUAGGGCUUGACUUGAAGUCUAAGCUUCAUAGUCAACAAAGUUUGCUCAAGUCAGUAAUUGGUUUGGAUCGUGAGGACUUUGGCAGGGUUGUUGAGAAGAUGCCACAGGUUGUUAGCCUCAGUAAGACACCUAUGAUUAAACAUGUGGAAUUCCUUAAGGAUUGUGGAUUAUCCUUGGAACAAUUAAGGCAAAUGAUCAUGGGGUGUCCCCAAUUGCUUGCCUUGAAUAUUGACAUCAUGAAACGUAGCUUCAACUUCUUUGUAACAGAGAUGGGAAGGCCUUUAGAUGACUUGGUUGCUUUCCCAGCAUUUUUUACUUAUGGCCUCGAAUCUACCAUAAAACCAAGACAUAGGAUGAUUUCAAGAAAAGGGUUGGAAUGUUCGCUUGCUUGGAUGCUUAAUUGCUCAGACGAAAAGUUUAAGCAACGAAUGGAUUACGAUACUAUUGAGCUGGAUGAGAUGGAACCAGAGCCAGCAUUCGAUAUGAACACACUGAUGGAAGCAAGAAGUGACGACUCAGGUUCUGAAUAUGAAGAUAGUGAUGACGAUUAUGAAGACAAGUGACAGUGAGUAUUGUGGAGAGUGAAUUCAGUAUUGUAGAGGUGGAUUUUUUCGGUUUAAGGUCUUGGAUUACAAAAAAAAAUUGUUUAGGAUUAGCUUAUAAGAAAUCAUAAUCUAAAUCCUUUAUUUGCAUAAUGAAGAGUAGAAGUAUGAUUUCUUUGAUGGGUGAUAUUCAUGUUAUCUAGAUGAUUUAUGGGGAGAAAGAUGAGCUCUGCUUUAUUUACAAUUUUUUACAGGGUAAAUACUUAUUUGGUAUUUUGUGUUUUAUCAAAAAUAUAUAUUUGGUAUUCUGUGUUUUCAAUAAUACUUAUAUGAUAUCCUGUAAUUUGAAGUCGUA